AUGGCAUCAGAGGCGCUCUGUAAAGUGAAGGGUGGGGAGGACAUAGUGAACAAGGAAACCCUCAACACUAGGAAUGCACUGGAACAACUGCCGAAGCCCUCGCCAAACCCCAGGUUUAUGAACCGGACCAUGGCUACCAAAGGACUCCCUCUUCCCUCAACAGGCAGUUUGGUUAACUUCUUGGAGGAAGAUACCAUCAAUCUUGUGAAGCCGAUGCCAAUGGAGGAUUCUGAAUACAGCUCUGACGACACCAGCAUGUCCCCCAUCUCCUCUACCCUGCUGAACCCCAUCAAACUGACUGUGACACAGCCCAACAGCAGCUUCUUUGCGGGGAUGCUGGAGGGUGAGCUGAACAAACUCAACUUGUCCUCCACAGCCAAGAACACAGACAAGGGGGACCUGGCCCUCUGCCCCAACCCAUGUAAAUCCCAAAUAGCCUCCAGGGGCCUGCUGGAUCUUGACAACCCCGCCCUGGACACAGACACCUCCUCCACCCAUUCAGAGUCCUCUGUGGUCAUGGAUGUGCCAGAGACCCCUUUCAUCUGUGAACACACCGUCAGCGACUCCACAGCUGUGAUCUCCUGGACGUAUUCCUUGAGCAAGCAGCAAGUCAGUUUCUACCAGGUCCUGUUACAGGAGGUGGUUAAGAGAACAGAUGGUAAGCCACUCAAGACCAAGAACUGUCCAUGGAUCUUCAACAAAAUCUUGGGCACCACUGUCAAGCUGAUGGAGCUGAAGCCUAACACGAGUUACUGCCUCACCGUCCGUGCAGCCAACACAGCUGGGGUGGGGAAGUGGUGCAAGCCCUACAAGUUUGCAACUGUGGCCACUGACUUCAACAGCUUCCCUGAGAACAACCCCAUCCAGAUCACUGUGCGGCGCAAGGAGCCCCAGCGGAGAAUUGUGUUCAUUGGUCUGGAAGAGAUGCGGAGGCUGGAGGAUCUGGAAUGCCUAUUUCCCUACUAG